AAAAAAAUAUAUGAUUUUUUCUUCUUUGAUUGGUCCGUCGCAGAGUCGUACCAUCUUAAUGACUGUAUUGUAGACGCCACUUAAGUUGCGCAGCUUCUUAACGCUGGAAUCUGGACUUGCAGAUUCUAGUUUUUUGAUGCUAGAAGGGCAAAUAAAUAAGGUUACGUUGUAAAUAAGGGAGGUUAUGUUUGAUGUAUAAACAUUUUUUAACAUAUAAUAACUGAAAAUUUAUAAAAUAUAUAUUUCAAUAUUCUAUAUAUGCAAUUAACUAUAAAUUUUCAGUAUUAGCAAUAAAUAUCGGAACAUUGCCUCAAUGAAAUUGUCCUUGACGCUCGAUGCUUGAUGCCUCCCAUGUAAAAGCGCCUAAAGACCAAUAAAAUUGUAGCGCGAAAUCCAGCGUCGAAUUUGAAGACACAAAUCGACACAAUUCUUAACACACUCGAACAUAAUCUGACUCUCCUCCUGAGUAGAGUCGAAAAGUGUCUCUUGAGUUUGUAAAUGGAAAGCGAAAUGUGUUGCUUUGUGUUAAAAGUGUCGACUGUGUUCUUUAAAAGGAAAACAGCCACUAUUCAUUGAACGAAGCUCUACAACCAGAAGAGCGCAAAGCGCAUGUCAAACAAACUAGAUCCUUUAGCGCACGAUAAUUAUGCCUUAACGUGUUUAGUGCACUUUAGUUGACUUUAGUUGAUCUUACCUACUAACUGUGAAUGUUUAUAAAUGCCUUCCGAUUCUGAUUAAUAAGAAGAAAAGAUGAGCUUCUCCGAGCCGUGCAAUGUCGACCAAAGAAUCCAGCUGACAACGGCACAAAAGAAAUCACUACGUGUAACAUUUCAAAACAGACCGGCCUUUAAGAGUAACAUUUAUCGGAAUAUUUCAAGGAUGCGACAUUAUUGGACUAAUGGUCACGAAUUCCUGAACGAAGGAGAGAACUUAAAGGAUGAGCAAUCACCCUUCGCUUUUCCUUCCUGCUCCCAAACCUUGGCUUAUCUUCAAUGGUGGAAAGCGAAGAAGAAAAAAGCAAUAUUUGAACGUGAUAGAAGAGUCUACAAGGAACGACAUAAAAUUUCACAAUCCAACGAUAUUUUGCAAAGAUUACACGUAGAUGCUGAGAUAGAAGCAGGAAAAGCAAAAAAACAUAAAGAUCCAGAUAAAGUGAUUGCCAUGACAGACGUGGAUCCACAUUAUUUUACAGAAUUAUCCGGCAGAUCUGUAAAAGAAAAAUUUUCAUUGGAACAAUAUAUCCAAGACAUACGAGAGAUACUAAAAAUAAAACUCCUCGUUGGGCAAGAAAAGGACGAUUGUAUUUGCAUCGAUCAACAGUUUGAGCAAGAAACACGUCGAUUACGAGAAAUUCAGAUGCGUUGCCAGCGAUACACAAACGGCUUCGAGGAAUUUCUAUCGAAAGAUCAUGAAAAAAGUAUGCUUAUGCUGGAGAAAGCGGAAUGGGAAGCGAAAUUGACUGGUGAGAUUAGCGCCCAAAGGAAUGAACUUGCGAGACAAUUCGGUCAGAGCAGGUUAGACGUUUAUGUCUGGGAGGAAAAUUGGAGACUGGUGAAAAUGUGCCAGAUGUUCCUUUAUCGGGUAUCACCUAUCGCUUGGAGGAUCAAGUAUGAUUUACCUCAACGAUCUGAAUCAGAAAGAAGUAGCAUUUUCAUUGACACUCCAUCGACAGAUUUAUUUAGUAAAUAUAAAUCAUUAGACGAGAGCGCAUCCUUAGAGAACUUGAUAGAAUUAUUCGAGCAGGACGUUAUUAGUGCCGGUCCGGCUGAGCUGUAUUUCGAGGAUCCAUUUGAUUUGAUCCGCAUUUUCCGGACAAUGGAGACUCAGAAUUUAAAUGCACUCAUACAUCUUGAAUCGCUUGCUGCACCGAUGGCUGAUAUGGCUAUAACUAUUACUAUGACAGAAGCGCAGAUCAAACGGGAGAUCAAUGAAAUCACCUCAACGAUUGACGACUUGGAAAAUUCCAUUAUCAAGGCAGAGAAUAGAGCGGCAAAUCUUGAAGAAUAUGCUAAUUACCUUCUGCGAGAUGUCUUCCGGCGUCUAGUCUGCUCUGAAGAGGUACUCUAUCUUCGUGUUUUUGUAGAGGAUACCUACGAAAGCUGCGUAGGUCCAAAUGAUGCAAAUCUCGAUAGUUUUUCGAUGAUGAAAUGGAUUGAAAAAAUCCAUGAAGAAUUUAAUCUUCAGUUGGAUAAUUUGCCACGCGAAAUCGUCUAUGCUUGCGAGCGGGAAGGAUUCCGACAGGAGAUGAAAGCUGUAAAGGUGGCGGAAGACGCCGCGAGGAAGUUUGAACUAAUGCAUCGACUAUUGGAUGCGCUGAAGCGCAUCAUGGAACCACCUACGAGAAAGAAACGGUCAUUAAUUCGACGUUCAGUGCCUAUUACGGUUAAGACGAAGCCACUGUUGCGCUUACCGAAACCGACGGACGAGGAAGCCCAAUAUCUCACCUUCUUCACUGAUUACUGCAAACACGAUGAUUUCGUCACAUAUCGUUCCAAGUUUCCGGACGAUUUCGAUUUGACAUUUCAAAGCAAGCGUGAUGACGUUGAGAUCAAGGCAAUGACAUUUAAUGCCGUAUCUUCGAGUCGAGAGCAAAUGCAGAAACAAGAGAAAGGAGAGGAAGUGGAGGAAGAAGGAAAUUGAAUGUAAUCAUCAUUGAAAACGUAACGGAAUCAGCACAUUUAUUUAAAAAUUCCUCGUGCGUACAUAUCCGAAAGGAUCGUAUCAGUCUAACGCGCUACGCAUCGUCGAUUACUUAGCUAGCGCUAUUAAUAAUAUGUAUACAUAAAUAGGCGAUUUAACGAUUGAUUGAAGCACGAGAUAAAAUAUUCAGAGAUAAUAAAACACAACAAGGGGCAAGUACAGUGUACAAUAGAAUUUGAAACGUCAGUCGAUAUAAAAACAACAACCAUGCUUGACAGUGAUUUCUUGGCUACAAAGCGCCAGUUCACGCACUCCUUCAUUAUAAACCUUAUAAGAAGACUGCGAUAUAUACUCCACUUUCGAGUACCUCUUUUUUUCUUUACACGAGCAACUUUUUUUUAUAAAUAUUCUGCUAGAGAUAAUGAUAUAUACAUGAAUAUGUGUAUGUAUAUAUACACACACAUACAUAUGCAUACACGCAUGUAUAUCCUCUAGUAGAGACUUCAACGAUUUCACGUCAAAUCAGAUAGCAAAUAAAUGUUUGGUUUUUUUUAAAUCUUGUACUUUUAUACUGAAUAUAUUUUAUAUAACGUAAUAUUGAAAUAUAUUGUAGUGCCAUUAUUACAAUGUUUGAGGACUUCUUAGUUUUAAAAUGUGUGUAUGUAUAUGUAUACAUACAAGUAGGACCUCCUAUAACGCGAGAGAUGCGUUUUGUGCUAUAGGCAUCUCGCGUUAUACGGGGAAAUUAGCAGUGUAAAAAGUUAGAACUGAAUUUUUUUUUAAUAUAACAGAAAAUAAUGUGCAAUUUGUGUUUUAAACAAUGUGUUAGAAAUGAAUAAUCACUUUUUUGAUAUAAUUGAAAAUAAUAUGCAAUUUAUUUUAUUUUAAACAACGUGUUAGAAAACUGAAUAAAUAUUCUUUUUUUCUAAUCGCGUUGUACGGGGGCAGUAGCACAACUUUUAGUUCGCAUUAUAGGAAUACCGCAUUAUACGGGGUCCUAUUAAAUAUAUAUUUUUAGCGUGUUUUAUAAGAAAUGGCCAAGCGAUCGUAUGCAGGUAGAAUGGACUACUGAGUUGAAAAGUUCUGUACUAUUUUGUGAUUUUCGCAGUUAACAAGUUAUUAAUUUAUAAGUAUAGCCGAAUUUGCGCAACCCAUCGCCAAACGCGCGGAGAGAUACAACUAUCCAGCAGUCAUCGUUGCUAAGUACACGAGAAGACGUUUGGAGAUGUAUUCUACGCGUUGCUUCUACAUAGCCGCUUGACAAUCAUAGACUAAGCCAGAUCCUUUUUGCGAGGUAAUGAUAAUCGGCGUAAGGGGGUCACGAGCAAUCACGUCAAGGGAAUUUACUUACUGAAUCUUACUUCAACUAAUUCCGUGAUAGACCAAUGGUGAUAUACAACGUUACUAGUUAUGUGAGUAGAUACGAGAAAAUAUGAACAGAAUAUUAUCAAAUAUAUCCAAAUGUAAAGUUUCUUAAUAAAGUCACGUGACUGCUCAUGACAUACUUACGUAAAUUACCAUCACCUCCCGCUCCUUUGUAGGCACUUAAUGCUCCGUCUUUCUUGAGCGGUCACACUUAACGAUAGAAGCACGUGAAAAUUGUUUACAUAAUCACUCUUCGCCGCGCUCUGGAUUUAGUAGUAGGCGAAAUCGGCUAUCUUUAUAAAUUAAUAACUCAUUAAUUAUUGCGAAAAUUGCUAAAUAGUACAGGACUUUUCGUUUCGAUUUAAUCCGCUUUACUUGCGUACGACCGCUUGGCCAUUUCUUAUGGGACGUCUUGUAUGCAUGCAAAUGUGUGUGUGUGUGCGUGUGUGCGCGAGUGUGUGUGUGUGUGUGUGUGUGUGUGUGUGUGUGUGUGUGUGUGUGUGUGUGUGUGUGUGUGUGUGUGUGUAAUGUGUACAUACAUACAUACAUACACUAGGGUUGUAACGAAUAUUCGCAUUCGUAUAUACAAAAGCUAAAUUUUCGCAUCAUUUUAGACUCUCGCUUUCGCUUUUUAUUAUCGCAAUAUUUAUACGAGUUUUAACGAAAGAUUUUGUUUUUAUAAAUUUGAACAAAGAAAUACAAAAAAAAAUGAUAUAGUAAAUUCUCAAGUCUUAAUUAUAACUAUUAGAAGUAAGAACUAAGAACUUAAUUUUAUUUGAAUUA